CGGUAGAUGGCGCUCCAACGCUCGUUCACGUCAGCGUUCGAGUCACAAGCGGAAGCACAAUCGCCAUCGUCGUCACUACAACAACAUGAGAUGAGAAUUUCAAGUUUGGUGUGUUCUGUGACACCCAAUGGAGCCGGCCAGUGUGGAGAGACUUCGUGUGCUCUUUCAGAGUGAUGAUUACAUCGUGGUGGACAAGCACUGGGACAUCCGCAUUGAUAGUAAGAUGUGGUAUGAAAAAAACACGGUGCAGGCCCAACUUCGCCACCGCUUCCCUCAUCUAGCAGACCCCAACACCUACUAUGGAUUCAGGUUCUGUCACCAGUUGGAUUUCUCAACCAGCGGUGCCUUAUGUGUGGCACUCAAUAAGGCUGCAGCUGGCCUGGCAUAUCGCUGUUUCAAGGAGCGCACUGUCACCAAAGCCUACCUCGCUCUUGUCCGCGGAUUGGUGGAAGAAGAGAUACAAAACCUUGAUUUUUCCAUUGGCAAGAACACUUCAGAGGGAAAAACACAUAUGAUGUGUGUUGAGGGAACAGACGGUUGUGAGAAUUCCAAACCAUGCCAGACUGCGUUGACAGUGUUGGAGUACGGCUUAUAUGAUGGUGAACCUGUCACCAAGGUGCUGCUGCAGCCUUUUACAGGUCGGACACACCAGUUAAGGGUCCACUGCAGUGCUAUAGGCCACCCCAUCGUCGGGGACUUCACCUACAGCUCAGGAACCGAUGAUGGCCCCUUCCGCAUGAUGCUUCACGCCCACCUCCUCCACAUCCCCCUGGACCCUAAACCCAUGCUUGUGUGCGCGGGAGACCCCUUUCUGCCCUCGGUGGAUCCAAAUUGGCUUCCGCAGCACUCCUUACGACCCCUGAAAGCCACCGUGGACGCCCUGCUGUACCACAGGAUGGACGAGCAGAGACAAGGGAAGGAAAGGGAGAGAGACCGAGCGAGACAGAAGGAGGAAAAUAGGGUUAACAAAAGCAGGAAAGAGGAGAGUGAGGAGCAGACGAAGCAGUGUAAGGAGUGGCUCAGAGAAUGGGUUGGAGUCUCAUAAUAUUGUUCAUUAUUAUUAAAUACGCGGUAUUUGUUUUAUUUAAACGAUGUCAAGCAUUUAUUUUCCACACCCAGUCCAAAUUCCCUCAAGAUUAAACAAACCAUAAGGUUUUUAAUUACCUAUUAGCAUGAUGACAAACGAGAAGCUUUGCUCACAUUACACAUAAGCCAAAUAUCUGUAUCUUGCUCACCAAAUAUUUUUUCUCCAUUGAAAUGCUAGUAAAAUGGUAGUUCGUUGUAUAUACAGAAUUAAGAUAAUUUUGACUAAAAGUCAACCACAUUGUCAAUGUUAAUUUUUUCGUGUCAAUAAAACCGAUGUUUUUUC